GGGAGAUAAAAGGGGAAGGGGCUCCGGUAGGCCGGCGCGGGGAUGAGGGAGAAGAAGCCAAGGUGGCACCAAAAAAGAAAUUAAUGAAUCUAAACGUUCUAAACGUUCAGAUAAACGUUCAUGUUUAUCUGCCCUUGUACCUCUUAAGGAAGCGUUGAACCAAGAAAUUAGAUGUGUAUAACAUGAGCUUUAAGUUAAGAGAUAAACAGAAUGUAUGAGAAUUAGGUCAUGAAUCACAAUUUCUGUCCAAAAAUUAAGCUCUGCCCACAUAACAGUUCAUUUUCUGAAAAUGAUAUUUUCAGUUAGCCUCACAUGACUUUAAUUCAAUUUAUAAUACAGUAUUGUCCACUCUGGCAAAACUGCUUUUAAAAAGACUAUAUGGAAAUAAUCGGGUAUCUGUCGUUUUCAAAAAAAAAAAAAAGUUGAUACAAUUGAAUUUCUAUGUUACAUUUUUUAACUUCUGUAGCUUUAAGUAUCUAUCCAGAAAUACUUCAGGAGAAUAGGAAGCAUGUUUGCAUUGGGAAACAAUGUAUUUGCCUUCUUUAAUACUGCCUAGUAAUAAUGUAAUAUGUGAGAACGUUCCUUACUCAUAAUUCAUACAUUUGUUUUUAUGCUUUUACCAUAGAAUAGUAUUGUACUAUAUUUUUAGUGAUAAAGAUUAGGUAUCAGGUAACAUUCAUAGAUCGUGUGAAAAAUGAUCUAACGGACACAAUUUUAAUGCUGCCUUUUUACUGAUCUUAAACAGAUAAUGUGCUACGUAUUUUUGUAAAUGCUGAUGAUGUAUUAAGGGAAUCAUUUUCCUUCCUGGACUGAACAUGCCAAAAGAAUCAGAGACCCCACUCUCCUUGGCUGACUGCCAUUGUAAUAUUUGCAUGGAUAUUUUUGUGGAACCAGUCACACUGCCAUGCCACCAUACUCUUUGUAAUGCCUGUUUUCAACUUACUGUGGAAAAAGCAAGUUUGUGUUGCCCUUUUUGCCGUCGGCGUGUCUCAUCUUGGGCACGAUAUAAUUCUCGCAAUAACACUCUUAUUAACUUGGAGUUAUGGGAAAAAAUUAAGAAACAUUUUCCAGAAGAGUGCCAACGCAGAAUUAAUGGACAGGAUCUAGAAAAUUAUUUGCAUCUGCCUCAACCAAUACACUGUUUAAGUAAGCCUGGAGAAUUAAAGAAAGAAUAUGAAGCUGAGAUCACUAAGGUGGAAGCAGAACGCCAGGCUUUUGAGCAAGAAGAGAGCAGAGCAAGUGAAGAAUAUAUUCAAAGACUACUAGCAGAAGAGGAAGAAGAGCAAAAGUUAACAGAAGAAAGGAAAAAAAAGAUAGCAGACCAGUUGCUAUUAGAUGAAGUGUUGGCACGAGAACUGAGUUUAAAUUUGAACAGUUCUGCUGAAGAGUCUGUUAAAAGCAGUCCAGUGCCUGGCCCGUCCCCUUCUGAUUGCUGCAAAACUUCAAAAACCAAAUCAAGCAGUUAUGGAGACAUUAAGAAGUAUUUAUCUCCAAAGUCUUGUGGUUUCUUUCCUCCAAAGUUGCUAUUUGGAGAAUUAAAAGAAGAAAACAUUGACACUCUUUCUGAGGAAAGCAUUAGAGCUAAAACUCACUUUAUCUUGGAAGAUGAAGAAAUAAAAGAUGAUAUAACCAUGCAAUCUUCAGAGACAACCGGAGAAGGAAAAAUGACUAAAGAUUUUCCUUUAGAAUCAAUGGGUUCUUGUUUAAAUACAUCUGAGUUCAACUGUCAUGGCCCUGAAUUGUCAUCUUUUUCCAGGAGUCGGUUAAAUGAACCAAUAGAGGAACGCGUUACUAAGAGAGAGGACGAUGAAACUGAUUUUUUCUCAAUGAGUAGUGGCUCCAGUAACAAUGACUUUGGAAAUAAAAAUUUUACAGAAAGUACAUGCUUACUAAAACUUCACAAAAAUGACAGCACUGAAGAAAUCCUUAUUUCUUUGAAAUCUAGUAGUCAGUUGGACAGCAAAGAUAUAACCUGUGAAGAAACAAAGGUAAUGAGAAACUAUCCAAUUGAAGAUAAAAACCAGAGUUGCUCAUUGAUCACUAAAGAGAUUCCAAAGAGAAAAUCUCAAGAAUCUCCCACUGAAUGGACAGGGGAUUCAUAUUUGAAUGACAAAAGAAGAAGAACUUUUGUACAAACAGAAGAGAAAGAGUUAAACGAUAUACAAAAGCAGAUACAUAUGGAGGAGCAGCUUUAUAAACGAUAUAAACAGGAAGAAGAAGAUAGGUGUCUGGCUUUGAAAAUUCAGAAGGAAAUGGACAGAGAACAAAAAAUACUAAAUCGCAAAAAAGGCUCCCCUGAUGAGUAUCAUUUGCGCCCUACAACAUCUACGGCAGUUGGGAAAUCCCCAACUGUUGGGAAACAUUGCAAACUCUUAAAGGCUUCAAACAGACAGACAGAAAUAAAGCAACCCAAAACACACAGACGUUCCCACAGUGAGAAUGAGAGGACCUCUAGCAAACGCCAGACAAAACCAUCUGAAAAAAAUGGGAAUGUUCUGAAUUGUGUCCUCAACUCUGAUUUAAAGGAUGUAGAGUUGCUGCCAAUCAAACAAAGGACGAUUAUCCAGAUGUUUAAGAAAUCUGCAACAAAUUGACACAUUCACCAAAACCAUUGUAGAUUAACAGAAAAUUUUGAAAAAGAUAUUCUGAAAAACUGGCAAAUAUUUAUCUCUUCUGGUAUUAGCUGUUCCCAGAAUUAACAGUUAAUGUGUUGCUUGUUUCAGAAACAGCAUUUUUUCUGUGCCUUUUUCUUUGAAUUCUUGUGUCUGUUCUUUAAUACAUCUCUCAAUUUCUACUCUCAAUUUCAAGUUGAACUGAAUGAUAAUACUUGCUGAGUUGUCAUAACCAUGCCACUGUUAUCUGUGAACCUACAAGACGGUGGUAAAGGCCGUCUUUAAGACAGAUAUAGCCUAAGAUACAUUCUCAUUUUUCUCUUUGCUGGAAUUGUAUUUUUGCUUUAUGUGGUUUACAGGUUUCACCAGAAAACAAUCAAUUUUCAAUGGAUUCAUUUCGGAAUUUUAAAUUUGAUAUUUUGUAAAAGUAUAAGAGGCACCAAAGACAGUCAAUAGGAAAAUCACACUUAUUUUCAUUUGUAAGUAAUGUCUAAUAUAUAGAUUAUAUGUCAUUAAAAUUACAUAUAUAAUUACUAUUUCAUUACAGUUAUUUAAGCUGUAACAGUCAUAAUUAUUUCCUAAGCAUAGUUCUAAUAAAUACAUCCAACAGAGUUCACACUCUGAUAAGAGAGGAAGGUUAAUUUAGGGUCAUGAUUACAGCCUAUGUAAGGUUUAUAUAUAUGGCUAAAUAGAAUUGUUUUCCUCGUUCUUGAAAACUUUGGUAAGAUAUCUCAGCAUUCAAAACAUUUAGAAAGGGUAUAGCAGCAAAAAGAUGCAGGCUGAAGUACUGAUGUUUACUGUUGCAAUCAAUUGUGCCUUCCUUUAGAAAUCUCCAUCCCAUUUGUUUUUUGUUCAGCUUUAUAAAAAUGGUAAUUCUUGUAGCUGGGUUCAACAAAUUAAUCGGACAAAGAUAUAUAUUCUGAAGGAUUUACCUAAAAGUGACAAUACAAUAAGUGAAUAAAAUAAUUAUUUUUCAAACAUUA